AUGGAGCACCGCAGAAAGGGGCUCGAGGCCUUCGCCACACCAGGGCCCAAUGGGGUCUCCUUGUCCUUCACUAUACCGCUUGGGGGGUGCACCCCAAGGGAGAUGGUGCCGUCCAUGUACAACGGAAUAUGCUUGGAUCUGCAGAAGACCCUUGUAGGCAUAGGGCGGGCUUCGAUAUACAAGAAUAUUGGAAACAAGGUCCAGGUAUCUCUGAAUGUGAGCCGUCCCCACACUGUUCACCAGAUGAUGAAGCUGGUUGGCAAAUGCUUUCGGUACUGCUACAAGGUGGAGAUUCCUCUUUGCCUGUACCCCAUGAAGGCCGAGAUAAUGGAAAGAAUUAGAGAGAUAAUGAACACUACAGACACUUCCAUUUGUGUCAAGAUAGAAGGCAAGGUCGAGGCUUUUAUCUGUGGAAAAAAAGAGGCGUGUCUUAAUGCUAGGAUGAAGAUGUUUCUAGUGAUUGAGGAGGCGUUUGGCAGAGUUACCGAGGUUAGAAGCGCCUCGGUGCCUAUAAAAGAAGUUAUUGAGCAUGGAGGAAGAAUAUUCUAUCGCUCAAGAAUAAAUUCUGAUGAAUGCCUCGUGUCCCACAGUGGCCUACAUCUUAGCUUCAAGGAGCCGGAGAAAAUAGUUGAAAGGCUGGUACUUGACUCCCAAAAGGUUGCACAUUUACUUUUAUACAAAGGGGCUGAGAUUGAGGACAUCCUGUCUGAGACCCAGUCAUAUAUAACCACAAGAGAAAUCAGUGAGGAUUACACUGAGAUGAUUCUGAGAGGAUUUGACUUGUACGAGGUCAGGAGAGCAAGGAAUAAGAUAAACCUGCUAUACAAUGCCGUGAUGAAGAUGGUGGUGGAGAAUAUGAGGUAUCCUAGCUACGAUGAUGUGCUAGUGCUUCAGACUAGAGAUGUUGGGUGUUUUAUGAUUAUCGGGGAGAAAGAAACCUUAUUGAAGAUAGUAGAGGAGAAUGGGGGCUAUGUGGAAGCCGAGAUGGACAUCGAGGCGGAGACCGUUGAGUUUCUGUGCGGAAAGAAAAACGGGAAAAUCACAAGGAUCAUGAGGGAUGUAUGCUGCGGAAUUGUGAUCCACAAAAAACAAGGAAGCCCUAGAAUCCACAUGGUUAUAAAUGGAUGCUCCGGAGCAUUCCAAAAGGCGAUGCAAAUGAUUGAGGACGAGUUUCCCGAGGAGCUGACCUUCUACAUUGAUGAAAAACACCACAAAAGGAUUAUCGGAUAUGGCGGUAAGAAUAUCCAGAAGAUAAUGAAGAAGCACGGCGUUUACAUCAAGUUCAUGAACGAGAGGGAGAGAAGAAGAUCUGCAUAUAGAGAUAAUGUUGUGAUAAAGACUCCGCGAAAGAAUGUAGGGAAUCUUAUUAGUAUGAAAAAUGAUGUUAUGGAGCUGAUAGGAUGUUUCAAGGGCGAUGCAAGAAUCCUUGAGACGGCUGUAUCCAUACAUGACUUCUACGAUUUGGGAUACCCUAUAUACCGACUUCUCUACAAUGAAGCUGUUGUUAAAGGCUCAGAAGUCCAUGCAUCGUACUAUCUCAAGAGCGAGGGCCAUGGCGUAGGUGCCGGGCCGCACCUUACAUUUAAAUUAAGAAACAGCAAUAUCUGGUUCAUAAAAACUACAGAGAUGCUUCCUCUGGAAAAGAUUUCUACAAUGCACUGGCUCAAGGGAAUUGAAAGGAUGUCUGUAUUCUCAUGGCUGUUUGGCCACGGGUACAACUCCUUAUUCAAUACCGAGAGGGAAGAAAAGAUCAAAGGGAAGAUCCAUCUUGUCGAGGCAAGCCUAUUACCUAAGAAAUAA